AUGGUGGAAGGCGAACACGGAACUCCCACAUGGAAGUUCACCCAAUGCUUUGGCGAUAAAGGGGAUGUGGAAGACAUCACAGAGGCGGACAUCAUCUCGACGGUCGAAUUUGAUCACACCGGCAACUAUCUUGCAACAGGAGACAAAGGUGGUCGUGUUGUCUUGUUCGAACGGAAUGAAAGUAAGAAGACUUGCGAAUACAAAUUCCACACCGAGUUCCAGUCUCACGAACCCGAAUUCGAUUACCUCAAAUCUUUGGAAAUAGAGGAAAAGAUCAACAAGAUCAAAUGGUGCAAACGUCAAAAUGCCUCCCACUACCUCCUGUCCACAAACGACAAGACGAUCAAGCUAUGGAAGGUUUUCGAAAAGUCCCUCAAGGUCGUCGCAGAGAACAACCUCUCCAAUGAAUUGACUCCAGCAGGUGUUCCCGGCGGAGGCGCCGCCCGUCCUCCUCGCAUCCACUUCAAGGACGCCUCACAGCUCAAACUCCCCCGAAUGACUCAUCACGACACUGUUGUAGCUGCGGUUCCUCGACGAACGUACGCAAAUGCGCACGCCUAUCACAUCAACAGCAUCUCCGUCAACAGCGACCAAGAAACCUUCAUCAGCAGUGACGACCUCCGGAUCAACCUGUGGAACCUCAAUAUCCAAGAUCAAAGCUUCAACAUCGUUGACAUCAAACCGGCGAACAUGGAGGAGCUUACUGAAGUCAUCACGGCCGCCGAGUUCCAUCCGAUCAGUUGCAACUGGUUCAUGUAUGCCAGCUCCAAAGGCACCAUCAAGUUGGCUGAUAUGCGUGAGAGUGCUCUCUGCGACCAGCAUGCUAAACAGUUCGAACAAGAAGAAGACCCCUCCACUCGAUCAUUUUUCUCCGAAAUCAUCUCCUCCAUUUCCGACGUCCGCUUCUCCCAUGAUGGCAGGUACAUUCUUUCGAGAGAUUAUUUGACGGUCAAGAUCUGGGACGUGAACAUGGAAAGACAACCCGUCAAGACGAUACCAAUCCACGAGCACUUGCGCCCGCGUCUGUGCGAUACGUACGAAAACGACAGCAUCUUUGACAAGUUUGAGGUGGUGUUCAGUGGAGAUGGCAAGAAUGUCAUGACCGGAAGCUACAACAACAAUUUCAUGAUCUAUCCCUCCGACCCCGAGCAAGAGACAGAAGUGGUACUCCAAGCCGACAAAUCGGCCUUCAAGGCUAAGAAAGUUGGAGUGCCGACUCCUAUCAACUCUACCAGCCCCAACGGAAACAAGAAGGGAAGCUCGAGAGCAGGAAGUCCUGCGGCCGGGGCCGGAAGUCGCAUGAGAAAGGAGACGGACGCCGACCAGAUCGACUUCAACAAAAAGAUCCUGCACAUGAGCUGGCAUCCAUUUGAGGACAGCAUUGCCAUUGCAGCAACCAACAAUCUCUUUGUCUUUUCUGCACUAUAG